UCACACCUGCUGUCCCUGCCGUCCCUGCAGUCGCUCACGGCUCUUCCGCCGACAACAUGAACGGAAGCGCACCCGAUCACGCUCGCAAGAGCUCCGUUACCCUUAGCGCCAACGGCCCCAACAGCUUUGCUCCCAACGGCGGCCCUGUCGGUGGUGCAAAGCCCGGCAUUCAGUUCGGAUACAACUCUCCUGCUGUCGCACACAGCACCCCUCAAGCUUCGGCUGCUCCGAUCCCCAUUCCCGGAUCCAACCAGAGAGUGCCUUCUCCUGCGCACUCUCCCUCUCCUAUCCCUCAGCCUUCUGCUAGCGGUGGCCGUCCCCUUCGGGCAUGGCUCAACCCAAUGCGAUGACUUUUGGCAGUCUCGGAAGCGAUGGCGAUCGCCACAUGAGACAGGCCUCUACUCCCCAGAGCCAGGCUGCUCUUCCUGCGAUGCCCGGUCAACAUAUCCGACGCGAGUCCGGCGUUUCUCAGCACAGCGACGCCCCUGGCCCUAACCAAGGCCCGGGCCGUGGAGGUUUCCAGCCUCAGGGCGGCCGUGGUCGUGGCUUCAACCCUCAUCAGCCCCCGUACCAGGCCAACAUGGGAUUCCCCCCGAACCAGCAGCAAUACAGAAACGGCCAGGGUCGUGGCGGCAUGCCGCCUGCCUUCCACCCCGGAAGACCCAUGCAACCCUACCCGAACUCGCCUCAGCCGGCCCGAAGCCCUGCUUUGGCCCAUUCCCAACCCGGCCAUUCGCAGCCCGGAACUCCGAACAUGCCUCCGGCGCAGAUGCAUCCCAUGCCGAUGCCAGCUCCCUCUCCUCAAUACUACCAGCAGGGCCCGCCUCCCAAUGCACAGUACGGCUACCCUCCCCAGGCGAACCACCAGUUCGACCAGUUUGGCCGACCCAUCUACUACAACCAGAUGGGAUACAUGCCCUCUCCUGGAGCCCCCCCGGCUUUCCAGCCUGGCUACGCUCCUCCUGCGUUCCACCAGCCUGCGCCGACUGCCAUGUCCCGCACCUCGUCUCACUCUGAGCGUCCCUCCUCCAGCACUGGCCAGCCGAGCCAGCCUGUUGUUGUGUCCGGUACGCCCCAGCCCCAGAACGCACAAGUCAAGACACCGGUUGUCGCGUCAUCUGGCAACUUCGUUCGCCCCAAGAAGAGUGCUGCCAUUGUCAUCAAGAACGCUGCCGGCGAAGCAGUUGACUUCAAGAAGAGCAUCAAGACGCCGUCGUCGCCUGCCCCUCCCAUCGUCCAGCAGUCCAAGACUCCCCCUAUCGUUACCUCUACACCUACUCCUCCCCCCAAGUCCGCAACGCCCUCCCACGUCCGCACCGAGAGCCAGGCCACUCCCAAGACUCGUCAAGAGAUCCAGGAUGAGCUGAGAGCCAAGAUCCAGCAGGCCAAGGGUGGUGAAGACAAGGCGAAGGAAGAGGCCGAUGCCAAGGCCAAGGCCGCCGACGAAGAGAAGAAGGCUGCCGAGGCCAAGGAAGAAGCCCGCAAGGCCGAGGAGAAGACAAAGGAAGACGCUCGCAAGGCUGAGGAAGAAGCCGAAGCGAAGCGCAAGGCUGACGAGGAAGAGAAGGCCAAGGCCGCUGCCGCUGAGGAGGAGAAGAAGGCCGCCGAGGCUAAGGCCAAGGCGGAGGCCAAGGCGGAGGCUGAGAAGGCGGCUGAGAAGGCGGCUGAGAAGCCUGCCGAGAAGCCCGCUGCCGCUCCCGCUGACGCGGAGGACGAGGUGGAGCGCAUGAUUCGCGAGAUGGAAGAGGAAGAUGCUCGUCGCGAGAAGGCGGCCGCUGAGUAUGCCGCCAAGAAGAAGAUCGAGAAAGAGGCGCAGAAGAAGCUCGACGAUGCGAACAAGGCCACCAACGCUGCCGAAGCUGACCGCAAGCUCCGUGAGGCUGAGCGCGAGAUGGAGCGUCUCGAAGAGGAGAAGGAGAAGAAGCGCGCACAGGGCGGAAGCACCCCUUCCGUCGCCGAUUUGCUCGCCGGAAAGACUGGCGACAGCGAGCCUGCCAAGGUUGGCGAUGUUGCCGACAAGCUUUCCAACCUCAGCAUCGGCGACUCAAAGGCAUCGACUCCCACCGAGGCUUCCGCUCCCAAGGCCACUCCCACCGAGAAGCGCGGCCCCAAGCCGUCCCCUCUCAACUUGGCUCCCCUCAACACCAAGCCUGUUGAGCCGCCUCAGCCCAGUGCUGCUCUUCAGUCCUUGAAGUCUGCCCGCUUCUUGACUGUCAUGAACCAAGACCUGUACCCUGCCGGUAUCAGCUCGCCCAACCCUGCCUUGAACGCCGCUGUCGCUAAGAAGGGCAAGACAUUCAAGUACGAUGCUCAGUUCUUGCUCCAGUUCCAGAAGGUCUUCACCGAGCAGCCUUCCACAGAGUUCCACCAGCAAGUCAAGUCUCUCAUUGGCGACAACGACGGUUCUCGUUCUGCUUCUACCCCUCGUGCUGGCUCUGGUCGUGGUGGCUCCCAACGUGGCGCCGCUGCACCCCAGGUCGGUGCCAUGGGCAGCUUCCGUGGUCCCUCUAACAACGUCCGUGGUACGACUUCUGCCGAACGGUUCGCUAUGGCCAAUGCAGCUAUGGGCUCAGGCAGCGGCCCCGUUGGCAACAUGGGCACUUUCCGCCAGUUUCCUGGUCCUCAGAUGGUGAACCGCACACCUUCUUCCUCCAACAUGGGACCCAACUCUCCCCGGACCCGUUCCGCCAGAGGUGGUGGCAGCAGGCGUAACGACUACAACGCCAAGGAUGCGCAGGCGGCCAAGACCAUGCCUCUCACGGCUGGCAUGGAGCUCAAGCCCAUCGCCGUCUCAGCUUCAGGCUGGAAGCCGACCAGCGUCGGCAAGGGCCCCUCAGCAUCAGGCCCUACUCCUGGCGGCGAUCACAUGGAUCCUCAGAUGGUUCAGCGCAAGGUCAAGGCUGCUCUCAACAAGAUGACACCGGAGAAGUUCGACAAGAUUGCCGAUCAGAUUCUGGCCAUCGCGGGCCAGUCCAAGGACGAGUCCGACGGCCGCACUCUUCGCCAGGUUAUUCAGCUUACCUUCGAGAAGGCCACCGACGAGGCUCACUGGGCUUCCAUGUACGCCAAGUUCUGCAAGCGUAUGCUUGACACGAUGAGCCCUGAGAUCCGCGACGAGAACAUCAAGGACAAGAACGGUGUGGUUGUCAGCGGAGGUGCCUUGUUCCGCAAGUACCUUCUCAACCGUUGUCAAGAGGAGUUCGAGCGCGGCUGGAAGUCCAACCUGCCCGCCAAGCCCGAGGAAGCCGACGAGAGCAAGCCCCAAACGAACGAGGCCGCCAUGCUUUCCGACGAGUAUUACAUUGAAGCUGCCGCCAAGCGUCGCGGUCUUGGUCUCGUCCAAUUCAUUGGUGAGCUGUACAAGCUUGGCAUGUUGACGGAGCGCAUCAUGCACGAGUGCGUUCGCAAGCUUGUCGACUACGAGGGUGUUCCCGACGAGGCUGAGAUAGAGUCUCUCUCCAAGUUGUUGAGAACCAUUGGUAGCAACCUUGACGCUUCGGAGAAGGGCAAGGCCUUGAUGAACGUCUACUUCGACCGCAUUCAGCACAUGAUGGACAUGCCUGAGCUUCCCAGCAGAUUGAACUUCAUGCUGUUGGAUGUCUUUGAUCUUCGCAAGGCUGGCUGGGCCUCCAAGGAGGCAAACAAGGGUCCUAAGACUCUUGAUGAGAUUCGCGCAGAGGCUGAGGCAGCUGCUGCCCAGAAGGCAAUGGAGAACCAGCGCGGCGGUAGCCAACGCGGUCCCGGUGGCCGUCCCAAUGUCGGUCGUGGCGAUUCUCGCAACUUCUCCUCUGGCUACAUGCAGGCCCAAUCCAACCAAGUCGGUAUGGACGACUUGCGCCGCCUGAAGGGUUCGACGAGCAGAGCUGCCAGUGGCAACAUCUCUCUCGGUCCCACCUCCAUGUUCAGCUCUCGUAGCAACAGUGGACGCAGACUGGGACCUGGUGGCUCUCUCGGCCGCCCUGGCGAGGACUCUGGUGCUUCAUCCCGCACCGGCACUCCCCCCACCACCCAACACCAAAACGCCUUCAGUGCACUCGCCAACUUGGACAGCGAAACCCCGGCUUCUCCUCCUUCGACUGCUGCCUCUCCCGCAUUGUCCAAGGCUGUUCCCGACUCUGCCGAGAGCAAAUGAGAGGAGCCGAGUAUUUCCUUUUCCGAUAAGUCAUUGCAUUUAAGCAAAUAGACAGGGGCGGGGGCUGUUUGGUGCAUUUACACAGAGGGUU